UUUACUGUAUUUAUGAGGUAUCAAAUCUUUUAGUGUAAAUUUUCUUGCUCCUAAUAUCAAAAUAUCAAAAGAUACCAAAAUUUACGUUAAAAAAUGUAGUAUACCUCCUAGUAUAUAUAAAAGAACUGUAAAAUCAUUUCACAAACAAAUAUACCUGGCUUGUUUUACCAGUACAGCCAGAAGGCACGCGCUGCGUGACAGACGACGGUUAUACGAACCACACAAGCAUCCAGCAUGCAGUUCAUCAAUCAGCAAUGGCACCUCUGCACCAUCUCUUCUCCGAUUCUCACCUCCAUAUAUACAGCCAUGCCUGCUGUUGAAUUCUUGAGCAACUAAUCAGGCCACACAAUUUCAGUCCAAGUACUAGUGCAAGAUCGAUCAAGUGUGAGGCUGGGUUGAGACAAUGGCUGGGUUUCACCGCCUCUCCCUCGCCUUCCUCCUGCUCGUCGUCGUCGUCGCCGGCGACCUGAUGAUCUCCACCGCCACCUCCAUGGCGGUGGGUACAUCGGACGACGACGGCCCACCUAUCAAGAUCAGUAUGCGGUACGCCAACGCGGAGGAGUCGCGGUGGCUCGACAGCUGGGCGGAGAAGACGCAGUCGGCCGGCGGUGGCGGCGGCGACGACUUCGAGGUUCGCCGGGCCACCGACGAGGAGUCGGCGCGGCUGAACCGCAUGCGCGCCGACGCCGACAGGAGGGCGAGGGACGGCAGCGGCUUCGGCUUCGACGGCCACAUCGAGUUCGACGAUGACCAUCCUUUUGGUAGAGUCGUCGUGACGGACUUCCCUCCGUCGUCCAAGCCGAACGAUGAUCUGUGAAGCCAGAACAAGUCCCACUCGCGCCGAGGAUGAUGAGUUCCAGUUUCCUUAGGACGACGAAUUAAGCUGAAUACCAACAAGCUUAUGGAUUGGAGGCCGGCGGGUUCAUUGCACCAGAGUCUUCAGUUUCUAGCUUUGGCUCUUCAAGCCUUAGUAUCCUGGGCAAGACCCAAACUAUCUUCAGUUUCUAUCAUGUCGUGUCCUCUUAGCUUAGUUAAACCCAACCUCUUAAAGGUAGUGGUUUUCAGUCAGUGUAAUCGGUCUUCGGUCAGUUAAAGGUGCCUUUUCAGUUUCAGUUUGUUCAAUUGCAGUUCCUCUGUUCUGUCUUUCCUCAAAAUGUUUCCCUGCUUAAGUUCUUUCUGUGAUCAUCUCCGCUUUUUAUCCUCA